AUGAAAAGACAUUCUAGUUUAUCAGACUUUGAAGAUGAAACUUUUUAUUUAAACAAAACAGUAGAGUUGCCUAAGAUUUCUAUGUCAUCAAGCUCAUCACUAAGCACACUAACAGUAAAACAAAAUGAGCAUUAUGAAAAACCUUUCAAGCUUAUUGAGGUGUUUACAAAUCGAAAAUAUUCAAUUAAAUCCAAAAUGCCUAAAUUAAAGGAAUCACUUCCUCUGAAUUUUUAUGGAAAACAAUUUGACGAUUUAAUUCAAAAACUAAAUAUAGUGUGCAACGAAAAAAAAUUUUCAAGCCAAUUCAUUGAUGUGGAAGAAGGAGAAUCCCCUGAAGGAUUUAUCGCUGCUAAUGAGUAUCAAUUUUUCUCAGUCAAAGUUAAGGAUUUGCCUUCUCCGUUGAGAGUUAAAAUAGAAAGAGAAAAAGGCCGCUUAGAAAUUUUUGCAUCAUUUAAAAAUGUAAAGCCAACUGCAGAUGUUUAUGAGUAUCACUCACUCCCCCUUUUAAACUAGAACAAAAUAUAGGCAAAAUUUCCAUUUUUUUGCAUACUUUAAGCUCCUUUAAAGUGUAGCAAUUUUUUUUCAAUAGGAAAAUUUAAAGGUAAAAAUCCUAAAUUUUAUAAUUUAGCUUUGCUCUAAUUUAAUGAACAAAGUGCAAGCAGAAUAUUAUUUAAACAUUUUUCACACUGUAUUAAUUAAUUUCUUAAACUAAUUAAAUUAAUUAAAAAUUCAAAAAUUAUUGCAUUCAAUUUUUAAAAUUUUUUUUUAAAAAAAAAAAAUUUAAAACAGGAUUUUUUGUUCUAAUUUAAAAAGGGGGAGUUAGUCACUGAUUUGCUAGAAAUAAUAGGGCGGCAUUCGAAUUUUGUUGAAAGAAAAUGCUUCAUCGGGGUUAAAGCAAUUAUUGAUGCAAGAUUCAAAGUCGAGAUAAAAUUUGGAAAUGAGAAUAAGCCAGGUGUCAAACAUCAAGGCACCACUAAACAAAUUUAUAAAAAAGUGUUUAUGCCUUCAUAUAUGAAAGAAAUACAAAGAAUUAAAGCCAAUCCAGAGCUAAGAGCUGAAUUUGAAUUUAGAGUGCAAUCAAUACUCGAAAAAAGGAGAAAUGAGCAAAGGCAAAAUUAUGUAUGGUUAUAUAGAAAGAAUAAAUAAUAUUUAAUUAAUAUUUAAUAUAAGCAAAUUCAAGUAAAACUCUUUUUAAAUAGGAUGGAAUUUAAUAGGUCAUUAGCAAAUAUUACUCCUAUGAAUCUUCUUAUCUUAUCUUAUACUAUUUAUAACGCUUAACGUCCACUACGGGGUCGACCUUCCCAGGUAUACCGCUCACCAUCGUCGCAUCGGGCGACCUGCUUUGAUCACCGAGGUGCUCCUGGGGCAAGUGUUGCCGGCUUCGACGCCUCAUGAAUGAGCUACUUGCUUGUAUACAUGGGUUGCUUUGCCGAAAAAACCCAAAAAAUGGAUUUUCUGGUCCGCUAUCGGCAAAAAGGAAAAACACGUAGCCUGAGACGUAACGCCCAGUUUCACACUAGGGAGUUGCCCGAAUAGUCCAAAGGACUCUGCUGAGCUUCCCCUUUCCAACUUUCCGUGCCCUCCUUCCCCACGAGGAAAAAAUCCAUCUCGAGACCAGACUUGGGCUAGGCUCUCAGCACAACCAGAAUUGCUUACCUAGCAUCGCUGUUCAUCUCUAGCAUGGUAAAACCUUGCCGGAUAUAAUCAAAAUAUGAGUCGAGGCUGCAUGGCCGGGAGGCCAUGCCCCAUAUUUUAAUUAUAUUACUCCUAUGAAUCAAAGUGAUAUAUUAGGAAAAAUCAAAGAAAGAGAAAAGCACAGGCUUGAAGUUCAUAAAAGAAAAAGUCAGCAAGAUGAGGAUAAAGAUAUGAUGAAAAAAUCCGUUUUAUUGAGAAAAGAAAUGAGGAUUAUUGCAGAAAAAAAAGCCCAGCAAAUACAAAACAUUAUUUCAAGAAAGGAAUUUUUUGAAAAAACUUGAUUUACUUUGAUUUAUUCGGCCCAUGGGCUUGUGACUUGGCAAUCUUUAUAUGAAGAUCUCAAGAAGAAAAUACAGAGAUAUAAACUUUUGCAUAUAAAGGCCAAUAAAAUUCAAAGAUGUUUUAGAUCAAAAUUCCCAUCUGGUUUUGAUAUCAAGACUCGUCAAGUUGCUUUGGCUAAAAAUCAGCUGCGGCUAAUGUUUCUAUUAGGUGGCCCAUUAGUUAUGAAAAUUUCUAAAAGAAAUAUUGCGUCAUGUAUCAAAGAAAUUGCCACAAAAGAGCUGGUUCCAAGCCACUUUGUUUAUUACAUACAAUGUGUUUUAAAAAUAAAAGCUGCAUGGAAAAAAAGCUUAGAGUCAUAUAAUUCAAAAUACAAACAAUUAAUAGAAAAAUGGAAUGACGUCCUUGAAGAAAUGAUAUCUCAGCUUGCAGGCUCAAAAGUCAAGAAAAAGAAAAGAAAACAAGCAUCAGGAAAACUUUUAAAUAUCCCUGAAAGCUUAAGAAAUAAAGUUCUUAAUGAACAUAUGAAGGAAGCAAUACAAGAAUUGUGGGGAAGGAUAAGGAAAAAACAAAAAGUUGUGUAUUUGAAAUAUUGGAUUGAAAAAGAAGAGAUGAAAAAAUUAAUUUUGAGUGCGAGUAGGAUGAAGAAAAAAUACAGUAAAGGCUCUUAA